AGUUGGGAUUGACUUUAGUCGCUGAUCAGGAUGCCCGCGUUCAAGCGACCGCAUCUCAAGGUCGACCAACCAGAGUCCGCUUUUGCGGAGGGAAACCAGCGGUGGACAAACAAAGAUCUUGACCCAGUUCCGCGACAUGCUCGCAAAUGGGGCGUGACAUCUUUCAUCGCCUACUGGGUGUCCGACGCCUUCAACGCAGCGACAUGGCAAUUUGCUGCGGGUAUCAUCUCCGUCGGACUGAGCUGGCGAGAAGCGAUUGGCAUCGUUGCGCUAGCCUUCUUCAUUGUGAGCUUCGUCAUUGCGCUGAAUGGAGCGAUCGGUGUCAUCCAUCAUGCGCCAUUUCCUGUGCUCGCGAGAGCCAGUUGGGGCUUUUGGGGUAGCUACAUUGCGAUUAUAAGUCGUGCUAUCCUGGCCAUCUUUUGGUUUGCGAUCCAGACGAUGAAUGGAGGAAAUACUGUGAGAGUUAUGCUGGGUGCCAUCUGGCCAAGCUUCUUAACUUUGGAAAACCAUAUCCCGGAGAGCCAGGGUAUUGACACAAAGUCCAUGAUUUCCUUCUUUCUCUUCUGGCUUAUCCAAGUUCCGUUCCUAGUCAUGCACCCGAACAAUCUCCGGUGGCUGUUCAUGGUGAAGAGCGUAGUGGUACCGAUAGCCUGGAUUGCAAUACUCGUUUGGGCAUUCGUAGCAACAGACGGUGGAGGUCAUUUGUUCGAUGAGAAGAGCAAGAUUCAAGGAAGUGCAUACAGCUGGGCAUUCCUCAGCAGCUUAACAAGUGUGAUUGGGAACUAUGCCACACUGAGCGUCAACCAGGCUGACUUCUCGCGCUAUUCAAGGGUAAGCGUAAAGUGGCAAAUCAUAUACGUGCCCUUCCUACCUAUCAUCUUCACCUUCAUUUCCUUCAUCGGAAUCGCCUCCGCCUCCGCCGGAGCUGAGCGUUAUGGUAUCCUAGAAUGGGACCCCAUGGCGCUCGUCUCGCAUUGGUCUUCUCGAUCCUGCCGCUUUUUCGCCGCCUUCUCUUUCGCACUCGCUGCUCUCGGCGUCAACAUCUCCGCCAACUCUCUAUCCGCCGCAAAUGAUCUCACCGCCCUUUUCCCGCAAUACGUCAACAUCCGCCGCGGACAGCUCCUCUGCGCUUUCCUCGCAUGGGCCCUCGUCCCCUGGAAGAUCUUGGCAUCUGCAGGCUCCUUUCUCAACUUCAUGUCCGCAUACGCCGUGUUCCUUGGUCCUAUCGCCGCCAUCAUGGUUUUCGACUUCUAUGUAAUUCAUCGCCGCCGGUACGACACGUUGGCAUUGUACCAACCCCAUGGCAUCUAUCGCUACUGGCAUGGCGUUAACUGGCGUGCGGUCGUGGCGUUUCUGGUAGGCGUCAUACCCAACAUGCCGGGUUUUAUCAACUCGAUCAAUCCUAAUAUCGACGUCGGAGUUGGCAACCGGCCAUACACUUUUGGGUGGCUAUUGGGUUUUGUGGGUACGAGCAUCGUGUAUGUAGCACUGAGUAAGGUGUGGACACCGAAGGAGACCCUAAUUGAGAGGUCGGUAAGCCCGGAUGAGAUCUAUGAUGCCCAAAGCAUGGAUGAAGGAAUAAGUGUCGGGAGUGGGAGUGGAGAGGAGGGGCUGCAGGCUACGGAGAAAGGGGGCUGGAAGGGAAAGCUGGAGAGGAUGCUGUGA